AUGUAUUUCAUUCAUAUCCUCCUCUCUCUUGUGUCUGUCCACAUAGCAACUGCCCAAUCCGGGCAUGGCUCUGGCGACUCUCAUGGCCAUUCACUCAAUAAACGCAGUUCAUUUGCGCCUGGCAGCGAUGGUAUCUGCUAUACCUAUACCAUUCAGCAGGGUGAUACCUGCGCAGCUCUUGCUAAGCGCUACCAGCUCACUACCAGCAAUAUCGAAACUUGGAAUGUCGGAGCCUGGGACUGGACAGGUUGUGGCAAUGUGAAGCAAGGCAGUUUUGUUUGUCUCAGCUCCGGUGCCCUUCCUAUGCCGGUUGCUCUCCCGCAUGCUGUCUGCGGUCCUCAGGUUCCCGGGACAAGACGCCCUGCCAACUAUGCCGAUCUCGCCUCUCUAAACCAGUGCUCUUCGAAUCAAUGUUGUUCUAAGUUUGGUCAGUGUGGCACUAGCUCGGAUUAUUGCGAUGCUAGCAGCGGUUGCUUGUUCAAUUGUGGACCGAAGAGUACCCAAAAGGAAGUCACAACCAAAAGUGCUACUUCGAAGGCGACUACUUUAAAGACUUCUACUACGAAAACCACUACCAAGCCCACUACUUCUAAAUCUACCACUACUUCCAAAUCGACCACUACUUCCAAAUCUACCACUACUUCCAAAUCUACCACUACUUCCAAAUCGACUACUUCAAAGACUACUACUGAGAAGGUGAACAUGGUAACCAUGACUAGCAUAGAAGUGGUAACAAAAACCACGAGCAGUGUCGCUCCGUCUGCGACUUGGCAAAUGACAAUAUACGAAGGUGCUGGUUGUACAGGCGAUUACUUCUCUCUUCAAGGACACGAAACUCAAGAUACUGAGAAUUGUAUCAUUCUCGCUGACAAUACCGACACCACAAUAUCGAAUACAACCACGUCCUGUCGAUGGUGGACUAACGGUGGUCUCAACUGGGGCACCUGUGCUUCCAGUAAAGUGACAAAGCCUAAGUCAUUGUAUCUCACACGUGGCAAGUGUUAUAUGUAUUCGGGUUCGAAAUGUGUGGAUGAGGACUGGAUAGGAGAGACCUAUGCGGCUUUUAAGGGCUGUCAGGAUGACAAGACUGGAUACUUGUCUCCCAGGAAACGCCAAGCCUGGGGCUCGUUGAAGUGUUUCGAGUACAUAUCAGGUAGCAUUUAG